CGGCGCGGGUAUUAAGCGGCGCGGCCGCUGCUCCGCAGCUCGAGCUGGUGCUUCGCCCGCGACCCAGCGCCCAGGCGUGCAUCCCCGAGAGGACCGCGCGAAGGUCACACCGCGCCCGCCAGCCCGUCCGCCGCCCGCGCCUCCGCCAAGCCCCGCGCGCCUCGCCGGCCCCGCCGCGUCUCCGCCCGCCUGUCCGACCGCCCGAGCCCCGCGCGCCCCGCCUCAGCCCGGCCACCCGAGCGCCAUGAACCAGAUCGAGCCCGGCGUGCAGUACAACUACGUCUACGAAGAUGACGAGUACAUGAUCCAGGAGGAGGAGUGGGACCGCGACCUGCUCCUCGACCCGGCCUGGGAGAAGCAGCAGAGGAAGACCUUCACUGCCUGGUGUAACUCCCACCUCAGGAAAGCUGGCACUCAGAUCGAGAACAUCGAGGAAGACUUCCGGAAUGGCCUUAAGCUCAUGCUGCUUUUGGAAGUCAUCUCAGGGGAAAGGCUGCCCAAACCUGACCGAGGAAAAAUGCGAUUCCACAAAAUCGCUAACGUCAACAAAGCCUUGGAUUACAUAGCCAGCAAAGGCGUGAAGCUGGUGUCCAUCGGGGCGGAAGAAAUUGUUGAUGGCAACGUGAAGAUGACGCUGGGUAUGAUCUGGACCAUCAUCCUGCGCUUUGCUAUUCAGGAUAUUUCCGUUGAAGAAACCUCUGCCAAAGAAGGUCUGCUGCUUUGGUGUCAAAGGAAGACUGCUCCUUAUAGAAAUGUGAACAUUCAGAACUUCCACACCAGCUGGAAAGACGGCCUUGGACUCUGUGCACUCAUCCACAGACACCGGCCCGACCUCAUUGACUACUCAAAGCUGAACAAGGAUGACCCAAUAGGAAAUAUCAACUUGGCCAUGGAAAUUGCAGAGAAGCACCUGGAUAUUCCCAAAAUGUUGGAUGCUGAAGACAUUGUGAACACUCCCAAACCCGAUGAAAGAGCUAUCAUGACAUACGUUUCCUGCUUCUACCAUGCUUUCGCGGGCGCGGAGCAGGCCGAGACAGCGGCUAACAGGAUAUGUAAGGUUCUUGCUGUGAAUCAAGAGAAUGAGAGGCUGAUGGAAGAAUAUGAGAGGCUAGCAAGUGAGCUUUUGGAAUGGAUUCAGCGCACGAUCCCCUGGCUAGAGAACCGGACCCCUGAGAAGACCAUGCAGGCCAUGCAGAAGAAGCUGGAGGACUUUCGGGAUUACCGCCGGAAGCACAAGCCUCCCAAGGUGCAGGAGAAGUGCCAGCUGGAGAUCAACUUCAACACCCUGCAGACCAAGCUGAGGAUCAGCAACCGGCCGGCCUUCAUGCCCUCUGAGGGCAAGAUGGUGUCGGACAUCGCGGGCGCCUGGCAGCGGCUGGAGCAGGCGGAGAAGGGCUACGAGGAAUGGCUGCUGAAUGAGAUCCGGAGGCUGGAGCGCGUGGAGCAUCUGGCAGAGAAGUUCCGGCAGAAGGCGUCCACGCACGAAACCUGGGCUUAUGGCAAAGAGCAGAUCUUGCUGCAGAAGGAUUACGAGUCGGCGUCUCUGACUGAAGUCCGGGCUCUGCUGCGGAAGCACGAGGCAUUCGAGAGCGACCUGGCGGCGCACCAGGACCGCGUGGAGCAGAUCGCGGCCAUCGCGCAGGAGCUCAAUGAACUGGACUAUCACGAUGCUGUGAACAUCAAUGAUCGGUGCCAGAAAAUCUGUGACCAGUGGGACAGGCUGGGAACACUCACUCAGAAGAGGAGAGAGGCCCUGGAGAGAACUGAGAAAUUGCUGGAAACCAUCGAUCAGCUUCACCUGGAGUUUGCCAAGAGAGCUGCUCCUUUCAACAACUGGAUGGAAGGCGCCAUGGAGGAUCUGCAAGACAUGUUCAUUGUCCACAGCAUUGAGGAAAUCCAGAGCUUGAUCACCGCCCACGAGCAGUUCAAGGCCACGCUGCCUGAGGCCGACGGCGAGCGGCAGUCUAUCCUGGCCAUCCAGAACGAGGUGGAGAAGGUGAUCCAGAGCUACAGCAUCAGGAUCAGCUCGAGCAACCCCUUUAGCACUGUCACCGUGGAUGAGAUCCGGUCCAAGUGGGACAAGGUGAAGCAGCUCGUGCCCAUCCGGGACCAGUCGCUGCAGGAGGAGCUGGCCCGCCAGCAUGCCAACGAGCGUCUGCGGCGCCAGUUUGCCGCACAGGCCAAUGCCAUUGGGCCCUGGAUCCAGAACAAGAUGGAGGAGAUUGCCCGGAGCUCCAUCCAGAUCACGGGAGCCCUGGAGGACCAGAUGAAUCAGCUGAAGCAGUACGAGCACAACAUCAUUAACUACAAGAACAACAUCGACAAGCUGGAAGGCGACCAUCAGCUCAUCCAGGAGGCCCUGGUCUUUGACAACAAGCACACUAAUUACACCAUGGAGCACAUUCGUGUGGGCUGGGAGCUGCUGCUGACGACCAUUGCCAGAACCAUCAACGAAGUGGAGACCCAGAUGCUGAUGAGAGAUGCGAAGGGCAUCACCCAAGAGCAGAUGAAUGAGUUCAGAGCCUCCUUCAACCACUUCGACAGGAGGAAGAAUGGCCUGAUGGAUCAUGAGGAUUUCAGAGCCUGCCUGAUCUCCAUGGGUUAUGACUUGGGUGAAGCUGAGUUUGCCCGCAUCAUGACCCUGGUGGAUCCCAACGGGCAGGGCACCGUCACCUUCCAAUCCUUCAUUGACUUCAUGACCAGAGAGACGGCCGACACCGACACCGCCGAGCAGGUCAUCGCCUCCUUCCGAAUCCUGGCUUCCGACAAGCCGUACAUCCUGGCAGAGGAGCUGCGCCGAGAACUGCCCCCUGACCAGGCCCAGUACUGCAUCAAGAGGAUGCCCGCCUACUCGGGCCCAGGCAGCGUGCCUGGUGCCCUGGAUUACGCCGCCUUCUCCUCCGCGCUCUAUGGGGAGAGCGAUCUGUGAGGCCGGGGUUCUGUAAUCACUGGUCCCAGCAGAACGCAAUAAAAGCUCAAGUUAUAGUUUGUUUCUUGGAAACUUUGAGAAGCUUUAUUCAGUUAAGAGAGAGAAAACUUUUUUUGCAGCUCAGUUAUUGACUGCAAUGUAAUAUGGCUGAAGUUUUUGCAGUAGAUGACAUAGCGUACUUAACAAAUAAGUUUCUUUAUUUCUGAUUCUAGCCAAAUGCAAUGAAAUAUCAGGGUUUUUGUUGGUUUCUUUGAUAAAACAAAGCAAAUUACUUGAGUAGUGUGAAAUUAAGAAGACCUAGGGGCAGAAGAAAUGUACAAAAUGGGAAAAUUCCAAAAUACCCAAGAUUCAAGAGCAGAAUAAUAAUAGUAAAUUUUGAUACUUUAAAAAUAUUCUUCAUAUAUAUAAUAUGCUUAUAUGGUUAUCCCUAGGGGAAUAUAUUUGGGAUACUGGUGUUUUACUUUCUUGCUUAUCCAAAGAUUAGCUAUGUUUAAGAUAAAUGGUACUGUCGCCUUUUUAGCUGAAUUUAAUAUUGUGAGAUGGAACUUCCAGGGAAUAGAAACAGACUACCCAAAAGAUCUUUAGUACUUAAAACAUUUUAGAUAGAAAUUAUAGUCAGCUCUUCAUUAUUUAGGACUAUGUAGUCUAAUUAGCGGGUUUCAAUGCCUUACUCAUCCUCCAAAGUAGGGACCUCAGGAAACAUGGAAGUCAGUUUAAUUGCCGGGGAAGAAGAUGGAAUCACUAGGUAAAAUGAGUUUUUUAGGAUUAUUUAUUGAUUCCAGGUUUCCGUACUUUGUCUAGAGCUUGUUAGUAUGUUAGGUUCUCAAGAGAUGACAGUACAUAAAUGCUCUGUUUUUAAACAAACAGGUGUUGAUAGUAGUUCAUAACAGGGUGACAAGUCAAAAACUGGUACCUUUAUAAGCUCUCCAGGCAGAACUUCUCCUUUAUACCUUGAGUUUUAUGAUAUGGUGAAGAGAAGGCAUUAGAAGGGAAGAGUUAGUACGAAAGGACUAGUUCUCAACAACAGUAGAGGUAAGUUCUUUCACUGUAGAACCUUUACAUACUUCAGGUGAAUUCAUUUCGUGUAGUAGGAGUUCUUAGAUGUUUCUGCCAGCACUCAGUGCAUGUUCCCGCUGUGAUUGGAUGAUGCAUCCUAACACAUCCUGAGUCUGGCUCUGUGCGCGUGGAAGCCCCAUGCAGAAGAUGCCAGUGGCUCCCACCAUCAGCCAGAUCUGUCAGUGUUCGUUCAUUUUCCUGCUUGUGCUACCGUAUGCUGUACCUCCCCUGUUUUUCCAUCUUGUUGACAGCUUGUAGAGAAUAAAGCAGGCAUUCUUUUUAUAUCUGAGUCCUUAAUGAUCAGGACAUGAAUUAUAAACAAAAACAGUUGUAAACAGCAAUUAAAGUGUCACUAGAAAAGCAGUAAUGUGUUACCUACAGUUUGUUUCCUCAGAUUUUUGUAGAUUUCCACCAGUAGUUGGAAAUGUGAUAUUUUCCAUUUAUAACUGGUAACUUAAUACCUUUAUACAAUUGGCCCACUUAGAACCUUCAACCUUUAUAAAUUUCAUUUAAUUUGCUUCAUUUUAUUAAGUAGUUGAUAGUUUACAAAUUCCUGAAAUAUCUAAGUCCUUGAGUUCAGUGCCAAACACUUUUGGGGUGUCAUUUAGAUGAACUGUGACUCCUUAUUUUACUUCAAGCAGGUGCUAUAUUCCAGCCAUAAACAUUAAGGAAAAAAUGGGAAGUUGUUCUGCCUUUGAGGCUACUAGGGGGAUUUGUGGUGUUUUGGAAUGGGUAUAGGUAGUUCAUCUACCUAAAACUUUAAUUUCUUUACAACGUUCAGGCAAGAGAAUGGAUCAAUACUGUCUGCUAAUAAAUGA